AUGCCAAUAAGCAACAUAGAAGAAAACUUUAAGUUAGCAAGGAAUGCCUUGCUAGAUUUUGAUAAGAAAGAUAUUAUAAGGGAAAAUUCAAAAGAAGAGGUUACAGCAGAGGAAACAGGGCCAAGAGAAAUCGUGGUUUUUUAUGACGUGACACUUGAAAAAUAUCAUCAAAAGUUUCUUCAAGAACAUAGAAGGUUUAGUGUUUAUGUCCGUCUAGUUAAAGGAAAAGUUAUCGCAUACGAAAUUCCUAGUCCUCCUCAUGCAUCUUUAGUGGCAGAUUUGAUUCCUAUUUUAGCAGGUUGGACCAACUGCCUUAAGAUUUAUGCUGAACUAGACAUGAUUGUUGGUAAUGAAAAUGAUACUGUAAAUUGCGCUGAUAUCGUAAUUGAACCAAGUCACGUUCUGGCACCUGGAACUGGAUAUGUACCGCGGCCGAGAAUGAUUAUAGAAGUGGGGAAAACCGAGACUAUCGAAAGUUUGAACAGUUUGGCGGGAGAAUACUUUUCUAAUUCUGUACAAAGCAGUCUUGUUCAAGUUUAUUUGUCGAUUAAGAUGUUUUCGCGUCGAACAAAUGAUACCGUUGCGAUGGUCACAACGCUUUAUUUGCGUAAUAAUCAGGUUCCAAAUUUGGCACUAAAUCAGCCAAACCCCCCACCAAACACUCCACCCACGGUACCAAUGACAAAUACAAUACCAAACCUCGUAAUUUCGUUUGGGACUGCGCCUCUCCAUCAAGUAUCAAGAACUUUCAUUAAUAAUAUCGGAGUACGAAAUGACAGAAUUAUUGGCUAUUUACAGAAUGACGAUCCUGCUUGUGUGGCACCCGGAAUGGCGAAUUAUCAAAUAAAUAUACCUUCACAUUUACUUUUCCAAGGUUAUCCUGGAGGUGUGCCUCAUGAAAUACCAAAUAAUUUCAUCUUGGAUUUGUGGAAUGUACAACAAUACAUUUUUGAUAAAUUAAUCUAUAAUGGAUUUGAACUAAAAUUAAAUAGUUUGAGAAUAAAUGUAUUUUAAAAAAAUUCAUGUAAUAAUGCAAAAUUAAACAAAUUUUUAUUGGUAUAGUAGUUCAUUAAGAAAUAAAUGAGACUGAUUGUAUACAAGUUACAUGACCAUGUUGAGAAGAAUUCCCAUUACAGUCAUAUCAUGUAUAUUUCUUUACACUUGCUCCAAAAUAAUAUACUAAACAUUUUAAGCAUAAUGCCUUGAUAACAUACUUCUUUUACUACAUAAUCAAUUUUAUCCCAGCCUAAUUUCGCAAUGCCCAAUGCA